AUGGCCACUUCUUUACUUUCUCAUCUCUCAGCUCCGCCCUCACCCGCCAUAGACAAUUACCAAGGUCGUCAAGCAGGUGCCUUCAAUUCUGGGAUCCCAAAUACCUUCCUUCAUGGCACCAAGGUCUUCUCCGCUACACCUUCUUCUUCAAGAAGGCUCGCAGCUCAAAGACGCUUCAAGUCUGCCUAUUGCAAGGCUUCGGAACACAUUCCCAAGCAGUUCAGGCAAGAAAAUCUCAAAGAUGGACUGAUGGACAAUUACAAGAAUGUGCCCCAUUAUCUGUAUGGCCUUUCUCCUUCCCAAAUGGACAUGUUCAUGACAGAAGAUAAUCCUGCCCGACGUCAGUCAGAAAAAGUUACAGAGCAAAGCAUCUCGUCUGCGAACAACUACUUGAAUCAUGGAGGGAUGUGGAGUAUGUCAGGCGUGGAUGACAAGGGCCCUUCAAAAUAUAGUAUGAGUGUGAGCAUGUAUCGGGGAGGUGCAAGAGGAUAUGGAAGACCCAGAACUGCUCCUCCUGAUCUGCCUUCCUUACUUUUAGAUGCUCGGAUAUGCUAUUUGGGCAUGCCAAUUGUACCAGCAGUAACUGAGCUUCUUGUUGCUCAGUUUAUGUGGUUGGAUUAUGAUAACCCUUCUAAGCCCAUAUAUUUGUACAUAAAUUCAUCUGGGACACAGAAUGAGAAGAUGGAGAGUGUUGGAUCUGAAACUGAGGCAUAUGCCAUAGCUGACAUGAUGAGUUAUGUCAAAUCAGAUGUGUAUACUGUGAAUUGUGGCAUGGCAUAUGGUCAAGCAGCACUGCUUCUGUCACUUGGAACAAGAGGUUAUCGUGCCGUACAGCCAAAUUCCUCCACAAAAUUAUAUCUGCCAAAGGUCAGCCGGUCAAGUGGCUCAGUCAUCGACAUGUGGAUUAAGGCCAAGGAACUGGAUGCAAACACAGAGUAUUACAUUGAGUUACUCGCAAAAGGAACAGGGAAGACCAAGGAAGAAAUUGCUAAAGACAUCCAGCGUCCCAAAUAUUUUCAAGGACAAGAAGCCAUAGAAUACGGACUGGUAGACAAGAUAAUUGAUUCUCGUGAUGCUGCAUUUGAGAAAAGGAAUUACGAUGAGAUGCUUACUCAAUCAAGAGCUAUGAGGAGAGCAGGGGCAGGCGGUCCACAAGCAGCUCCAUCUGGAUUUAGGUGA